AGUGGGGAGAGCAGCAGUGUGGGGCGAGGCGCGCCAGGCAGAAGCUCUUAGUAUGCGCCGCGACGCCCAACUGCAGCCCACGCAUCUCCACGGUGGUGGAUGUAAGUAACAGAUGAGAGACGCGGGUAGAGCAGGCAACUCCAGACGGCCGUGACGAGAUGGCACAACCGCUGGACGGAAGGAAAGAAUGAGAGAUGACUGCUCUGCAUCGUCCCUUUAAGAGGAGCCAAACUGGAUACUAUCUCGUGCAUCUGCGCGUCAAGAGAAUCACGAGUGCAGGCUUUGGGUGAUGUAUGGCUGGAAGAAAAGGGAAGCAACCUGCUGGACGGCGAGGGGUGACUUUGGACACUUCUGCUGGUCCUGUUGUGCAUCAGCACUGUACAGAGCAACAACUGUAAGGCAUUCUUCCAGUUUGUUAUAGGCAUACCUGCUGUGGCCAAACGUGGCCCCGCCCCAUUUGAAAGCUGCAGGUUCCAUCGCCCUCCAGCAUGACGGUUGCGACCAGCGACCCCGCUGACGAAGCGGCUGCACAUCCCGGUCAGCCUCAUGACCAAUACGACCCGGAGCCAGAUCAUGAGUGCUGCGAGAGGGUCGUCAUCAACAUCUCGGGUUUACGCUUUGAGACGCAGCUCAAGACCCUGUCCCAGUUUCCGGAGACCCUUCUCGGGGAUCCGAAGAAACGGAUGAGGUACUUUGAUCCUCUUCGGAAUGAGUACUUUUUUGACCGCAAUCGGCCGAGUUUUGAUGCCAUUCUUUACUAUUACCAAUCUGGAGGGAGGCUGCGUCGGCCUGUCAAUGUCACUCUCGAUAUUUUUUCUGAAGAGAUUCGCUUCUAUGAACUGGGUGAGGAAGCGAUGGAAAUUUUCAGGGAAGAUGAAGGUUUCAUCAAGGAAGAGGAGCGACCGUUGCCAGAGAAUGAGUUUCAGAGACAGGUGUGGCUGCUCUUUGAGUACCCCGAGAGCUCAGGUCCAGCUCGAAUCAUUGCCAUCAUCUCGGUCAUGGUGAUUCUCAUCUCCAUUGUAAGCUUCUGUCUAGAAACACUGCCAGUUUUCCGAAAUGAAGAUGAGGAGUACAAUUAUCCCUUCCAAACCAAUGACAACAGCACCACCAUCUAUGAGACCUCAUCCUAUUUUACUGAUCCUUUCUUCAUUGUGGAGACCCUUUGCAUCAUCUGGUUCUCAUUUGAGUUCCUUGUCAGGUUCUUUGCUUGUCCCAGCAAAGCUGGAUUUUUUGGCAACAUCAUGAACAUCAUCGAUAUUGUGGCAAUUAUUCCUUACUUCAUCACCCUUGGCACAGAGCUAGCAGAGAGGCCCGAGGAUAGAGAGGCAGGACAGCAGGCUAUGUCUUUGGCUAUUCUCCGUGUUAUUCGCUUGGUCAGAGUGUUUCGCAUUUUCAAACUCUCCCGCCACUCAAAGGGGCUCCAGAUUUUGGGGCAGACUCUGAAGGCCAGUAUGCGUGAGCUGGGACUACUCAUCUUCUUUCUCUUCAUUGGCGUCAUCCUCUUCUCCAGUGCCGUUUACUUUGCUGAAGCGGAUGAACCCCAAUCACAGUUCAGCAGUAUCCCAGAGGCCUUUUGGUGGGCGGUGGUAUCCAUGACGACCGUGGGCUACGGAGACAUGGUCCCGACAACCAUCGGAGGAAAGAUCGUAGGGUCUCUUUGCGCUAUCGCCGGCGUUUUGACCAUCGCACUGCCAGUGCCAGUGAUUGUGUCAAACUUCAACUACUUCUACCACAGAGAGACGGAGGGUGAAGAACAGGCUCAGUAUCUAAAUAUCCCGAGUGUGCCUAAAGCCAGCUCAGUUGAUGACCUGAAAAAGAGCGGUCGGAGUGGCAGUGGAUCAACACUGAGUAAGUCGGACUAUGUGGAGAUUCAGGAGGCUGUCAACCACAGCGCUGAGGACUUUAGACCAGAGGGCAUGAAAACAGGAAACUGCACUCUGGCCAACACCAACUAUGUAAACAUCACCAAGAUGCGCACGGAUGUAUAAUGUGAGCCAAUAUUGAUGAGUGACUUAAUGUGGAGUCUGCAGCGACUAGAAAGGGAAGGAAGAAUUAUGGCCACAGAUGACCAACGUUUGGGAAUCCAGAGCAGACAAUUUGCCGUAAAGGUCAACAUGCAAACACCUCAUGCUCGCCUACAUUCAAGGGACCUGGAGCACAUCAUAGAACUGCAACCAGUCUUAUUGGGACAACAGUGGCUUCUGCAUAGAGAUAGUCUUACAUUCCUCAAAGUAGUUGUCCAGCAGGCAAAAGUAGCCAAAUAGUAGCUGAAACAACCAUUAUCAACUAUCUCAUGGGACCACAUGUUUGAAGAAGACAACGCACAAUAAGAUCAA